GCCAUUUUGUAACUUUACAGUGGACAGGGGGUUUACGUGUGGGAAAAUGUGUUGAAAAUAAAUAUUUCAGAAGCAGGACUUCCUCCUGCAGAAGAUUUGGCUGAUAAUUAUAGUGAUUUUAAGGUUCCGUGAUUUUAGGUUGGAAGUAGAGGAGAAAACGAAUUUCAUAAGGUAAAGCAAUGUUUUUGGCAAAGCUGCUUCUCAAACCCACAAUCAUUACCAGAGGCCAAUGGGGUGCGGAGAAACCUCUGAAGGAAGGGGAACCAAUCGAGGGAGAAGUUUCUACUCUGGUGCUUAAGUUCACGCAAACCCAAACAUGCAGCACAAAGAAAGAUUGCAUAGAGAGGGUUAAGGAGGUACAGAAGAGGCACAUGGAAGAAGAGGGACUUCCUGAUAUUCAACAUAACUUCUUAAUUGGUGGCGACGGAAAUGUAUACGAAGGCAGAGGUUUCAAUACGUAUCCCGUUUAUUCUGAGGAAGAAGAAAAUUUCAAGCCAUUAGUUAAUAGUGCUUUUGAAAUAGCAUUCAUAGGAAAAAUCAGUGACAAACCAUCAAUGAAAAUGCUCAAAUCACUUGCUGGUGUCGUAAUGAAAGGUAUGGAAGAGAAAAAAAUAACAAAAGACGUAAAGAAAAUUAAACCCUACAUUAUCCACGGAAAGGAUGUUAUGAUGUUGAAGGACAAAAAAGGGAGUCAUAAAGAUACAAAGCAGCUGAUUAAAGAGUACAAAGAAUUAUUAGAGAAGGAGGAGCAAACAGUUUAGAUAAUAUUUCAUAUUUUAUAUCUAAAUUGUAUAAUGUUCUAAUGAUGUAAGAGAUUAAAAGUGUUUUAAUAGUUUUAAUCUACUUUUACAGCUUCGUUGUACUUUCUUUGUACUUUGUAACAGAAUAUGAAUAAGUAUUGUUUUGCUGACAUCAGGAAUCCUGAAGCAUCUUAUUUGAUCAGUAUUUUGUUAGUAAAUAAAUCAUUAGUAAGAAAAUUGCAGACAUUUUGC